AUGAAUAAGCCAUACGAUAAAAUAGUGAAAGACUACCCUAUUUAUGUAUACGGAAAGAUACAUGAUUUAGUGGAAGAGCUAAAUAGGUAUCAUCAAAAAUGUUACAUUAAUAAUGAGAAAAAUGUAGAUUUGUGGAAGGAGUUUAAGUACAAGAGGAGGAAAAGGGUACGGUUCCUUUCGGUGUUGGAUUAUUAUGCGAACGUUAAGAACAAAAAAUGGGAAUUCGACAUCAUUCCAAUAGUAUUUAAUGAGGACUAUGAGAUUUUGCAUAUAGGCGUUUCGAUGCUCUUCGACGACAAUUUUUCUGAAGAGUACAAAAGUGGUAGAUACAGCUACAUAGAGCUCUUUAUUUGUAACAUUGAAGAAGACAGCGUGAACCAGUGUCAAAGUGAGUGGGCGCCAUCGUUGCCUAUCAGAAAUGGAAAUAACACAGGCAACAUCAUGGAUUGCCUUGUUAAGGUGGAGGAUUUGAAAAGAAUAUAUAAGGAGGGAGAAAGUCUCCGUAAAAUAAGUACAGAAAUUGCUAGACCGUGUAUCACCAGUGAAAACAAUGGCAAAGACACUGAUAAGGAAGGAGGUGCCAUUACAUCCAUGCAUGAUAGUUACCACUUGGAGAAGAGGGAGGUCGGGAGGAAGCAGAUGGGUUUCCCCUUGGUGGAGGAUUUCCCCAGGCAAGAUGAAAAAUUACCACUUUAUAGCAUUAGAAAUGGCACCAUCAUGGAGGCUAAAGAGAAUUUAAGUACCAUGGACAAUGAGAUGCAUGCGCACCUAUUACCAAUGCGAAAGGUAAACGUCAUUCAGCAGAAUGAUAUGUGCACGAUGAGGAGCAACGUCAGCUGCGAUAGCAGGAGAGUCGAAAACAGGUUCAACGCUAAUAAGGACAAGGAGGAAUUCCUGUCAGGGUAUUAUUAUAAGAAGGUUGAGGAGAAUAAUUGGAAAAGUGGCAAUAAAAGCAAGGAAGAUUUUUCUACAGGUCUGGGAGGGAUAAACGACGGGGUAGAAAGAGAGCAUGAGGGUGCUUACCCGUUCUCGCAUCUCCGAAGUGGUGUUGAGUUCAAUAAUAAAGAGAGGAAGCACACAAAUGAGGAUGCCAAUCAGGUAGGCAUUCACAAAGUGGCUUACUACAAAAAUGUGAAGAAAGUAAACGAAAUGGAAGAGAAAACGUACAUUUCAUCGGAAGGGGGAUCCACAAGGAAAGUGAUAAAUUACGAGUAUCUCUACAGCAGAAGCGAGAGCGAAACGACGUACUUGGAUGAUCUGACGCGGAGAAAUCGUUCGUCCAACGAGGGCGACUCCCUACAGGGGAACGCCAAUGAAAUGGACGCACCCGAGGAGGAGAAUAAGCAGCUUUCCAGAAUCUGCAGCGUGAGAAGCGGAUACACAAAGAGCACACAUACAACCAUGGAGAGAAGUGAGAUAGUACUGGAGGGAAGUGCAGCGGGAGUGGUUAAGCCGAUUGGGGAGAUUAACAGCUCGGGGGGAGUCGCAACAUCGUCGGGAAGAUUGCCCUCUAGAGAGUUCACACAAUUCACAGAGCACGAGCAAAUUACGCGUAUUAACCAUAAUGAGAUAAUCGAGCGUAGUGAUAAGGUACACACUGUGGAGAGAGAGGAGUAUCUGAUGGAUAGGUAUACAAGGACGGAGAGCAGGAACAACCAUAAUAUAGUGACUGACAGUAGUCCUAAGGAAGGUAAGGGUAUCGGAGCUGAUAAACGAAACGAGUUUAAGCUAGGUUUCUUCAGUUCUAAAGGGAACAGAACGUACAACGAAGACAGAGUAAUCACGAUUAGGGACGUGAACGAGUUUGUGCAAAGAGAAUAUAAGGAAGUGAUAGAGGAGAGGGAAAAUCUGCUCAGCGAAUCCCUGGAGAGGGAGUACUACGACAUGCUUCAGAAGACGCAGAAUGUAGAUAGAUCGUUCGGAUGCCCCUUGGCGGAAUCUGCAGCGGUAGUCCCAGGCGCUGUCGCAUCGACCCCCCCGCCUUACAUGUACUGCGCCAUUUACGACGGACACAAUGGCGAGAAGGCGGUAAAUAUUAUCCAGAAGUUGUUACAUCUGCACGUGCACACGUACUAUAUAAAUGGAAAUGGGAUGUCAAACUCAUUGAAGUAUGCCUUCCACAAGAUGGAUGAGCACUUAUGUAGGAAGACAAUAAAUAAUGAAGAAGAUAACCAUUCGAACUUUUCCAGUGGAAGCACAGCCUGCGUGAGUGUCAUCUUCAAUCACAUGGUGUAUAUAGCAAACAUAGGAGAUAGCAGAUGUGUGCUAAGUAAAAAUGGCAGGGCGGUUGCUGUAACGGUGGAUCACAGAGCUGGAGGAAAUAAGAAAGAGGAGGAGAGAAUUAUAACAUCUGGAGGGGUGUUAGACGACGAAGGUUAUUUAGGUGGCUGUUUAGGAGUAUGUAGAGGGUUUGGUUCCUUUGACAAGAAGACUAAGGAAAAAUUAAAAGGCCUUGUUUGUGAACCCGACCUAUUUCAAAUAAAACUAACAGAGGAUGAUGAGUUCCUUAUUAUAUGUUGCGAUGGAAUUUUUGAUGUUAUGACUUCGCAGGAGGCGGUGAACACAGUGAGAGCUUCUCUAGUGGAGAGUUCUAACCCUACUGUGGCGGCAGAGGCCCUGUGUCAGUUGGCUUACAAAAGGAAGGCCCUAGAUAACCUCUCCGUGGUUGUGGUGAUUUUUCAGAGCCCCGAGAUGAAGAAGAAGGCGCAGUCCAAUGAAAGCGCGAACUUGUACUCCGACCAAGCUACUCGUGUCCGAAGAAGAAUAAGGUUCUCGUCCCUGAAGAAUUUAAUAGGCCCGUGA